CCUAGAUUUGGAAUAUCAACCGGCUCGAAAUUCCUUCUUUUAAAAGUCAGUUUUCUUGGCCAAAGUCACACAAAAUGCCGCAAAACGGUAUCACAAUCGGUUCAUUAUGUGUUAUUCUUUUAGAAUUAUGCUUCAUUGCAAUGACAUUUGGUAAAGAUUCAGAGUUUACUGUGGCUGUAGAAGCGGGUCAAAGGGCUUGUUUCUUUGCUGCCAAUAUCCAAAAAGAUGCCAAUUUCGAAGUUGAAUACCAGGUGAUUGAAGGUGGUGACCUUGAUGUGAACUUUAUCCUGCAGAGCCCGUCCGGUUCUGUUCUCCUCUCAGAGUUGAAAAAGUCUGAUAAUGUUCACAAAAUUACUGCCAAAGAAAGUGGUGACUAUCAGAUAUGUUUCGACAACUCAUUCAGUCGCUUCACUCGGAAACUGGUGUUCUUCGAGGUUGUGACGGAUGAAGAGGAUCCAACCCAAGACUGGUCAAAGGUAGCUGCGGCAGAGACUGAGAUAGACAUCAAACUGGAAGAUUUCAGGAUGACAAUGGACAAGGUGAAAAGAAAUCUGGAAAAAACUCAACAGACUCAAAAGGUUCUUGCUGUUCUUGAAUCGAAAGACCGAAGCGUUAUGGAGCAAAACUAUGAUCGUGUCAACACAUGGUCUGUGGUACAGCUUGCCAUCAUGAUCACUGUUAGUAUUUCACAAAUCGUUUUAAUUCGUAGUUUAUUUGAUGAUAAAAGUAAAGUUCGAAAGAUCUUCCAAAUGGCUGAGAGGACGUGAUGGACGAUAGUUUGGUAGUAAGACGAUUUUCAAAUAUUCUGUUUAUCAGGAAAUUAUUUCUUUCACAUAGUUGGAACGUUUUCAUAGUUUUGUGGUCGGUGGACACUUGACUCACUUUCUUGUAAUAUAACAACCAGCAAUAAUGGUUGUUGUAGUUUGAGAUUUGUAAAAACCAGUUGAGAAUAUGUCUUUUUAGCUCAUCUGAAAAUAACUGAUGCAUUUGUGUUGGAGUAGUGGCGAUUGCUUAGCAUAUCUAUGAAUUUGGAUAAUAUUUCAAUAUCAACUAAUUUAUGAGUCAUUGAGAGAUUUUAUCACAGAAUGUGGUUAUCAGCAUCAUUUCGAUUGUUUGUAUUAAUUUUUUGGCAUGUGUGUGUACAUACAUAGGGCCAAAGUUUGGAAUGAAUCCCUCCGAAGUAGAAUGGUUCGUUUUACUCAUGAUUUUGCCUACCAUUUAGUCUAUGUAUUACAUUUUCUGAUUUAUUUAUCAUUAUUAUUGCCUUCAAAACAAAUUGGUCACAUUUUUAAACAGAGACUAAAAUAAACAAACCAACGAACACUAUGAUGUCAAAUAUAUAUAAUCACAAUCCACUCGCUUUCUAGAAUAGGUAUAAUUGUGUUUCUGUACAAAUACUCAUUUUUCAUAUUCUUUUGUGAUGGUACAGUUGUGCACAGUUUGAGACUUCCAAUAAUAAUUUGUGCUUUGUUGAUUUGAUGCAGGUACUGUUGUGUACAGUUAAUUCUAUGAGGUCAGAAUGUGCAAGGAUUGUUAUUUUUACUGGAUUUGUGUGUUGAAGAUUGUAAUGUUAAUCUUUUGAAGCUAAUGUAUUCUGUGAGUACAUGUACUUGUAAAUAUUUUCAUACAGUUUUCUAAGGCAGGUAGUUUAGUGGUGUUUAUGCUUUUUUAGUUACAGAUGAAAGUUUUAAAAACAUUAGAAUUUCUAACACGGGUUGCAUCUAGAAUCAAACAUAGUGCAGUGUCUGAGACUGAUUUUAGGAGGUAUGUUAAUCGUGCAUGAACUUGUUUUAGUUCUCCUUGUUCUAGUGUAGGGUACCAGCAAAACUCUGGUACUUCUUGUAAUUCUGAGGACAUGCUGUUGGAAAACUUUGAUUCUGUCCUUUGAAACGGGUAAUUUGACUAAUUUACCUUGUAACAAUGUUCGAUAACCAAAUGAUAGAUAAUCAAGACAUCACUAUUAUCAGAAGUUUAAUGUGAUGUUUCGGCAAAGUUGGUUAUCUGUGGCUCAAAUCUCCACUUGCUCAGUACAUGGUACUUGGUCUCCACUAACCUCACAAAAUUUAAAACCGUUUAUACAUGGGCUGAAAACUGAAAUAUGUUUUUCCGAGACAAAAAAUAACAGUGUCAGGUGGGACUUGACGUACAUGUGUAUUGGGUGACAAUGAAUUUCAUCCACUUGUAUGAAUGUGAGCUUGGGAAUUUGAGAGUGAAAUGAAUGAAAUUUCUCCGUGCAGGAGUUUAUCAAGGUUGAGAUUUGUACUUAAUUUAGAAAUAAAAUAUUCACAUUGGUGAUGUAUUUAUUUAUCUCAGA